AUGUCUUCUACUAUCAAACAAAACUUUGAAGAGUGCUAUUGUACCAAGUGCAUUAAAAAUUAUAAAGGAUACACCUUAGUGUCAAAGAGAACUGCCCAGUGUCAUGGCAAGAAAGCAGCUUUAAAAGAUGCUAUCAGAAGUGAACUUGCUUUUAUAUUAAACACAGGUGCGCAGAGACAUGUAAUGAACAUUGAUGCGAAGUCUAUUUUAGUCCAAGAAUCUGGAUCCGUAGAAGUUCUUGCAUGUCAGUCUGACUUACCCGUUUUGGAUAUCUCCCCUAUGUCAGUUGAUUAUGAGGUCGAUGUUGAUUUCAAUGACAUAGACUUUGAGUAUGAGAGCAAUGAGAAUGCCAAAGAUACUGUUGAUAUUGAUGUUGAAGAAGUCGACACUGAAUGUUUGUAUGAAAACAUGUUUUCAAACAGCAGUAUGCCUGAGAAUCCUGUACACAGAUUCAUUGCAACAUUCACUGUGCUAUUUGCAUCCCGCUACGUGGUCAACAAGGGUGCAGUUGUCUUGAUUGAGUUCAUCAACAAGCUCUUGAAGAUUUACAAGCAGGACUUUCAGCUUCCCACGAGUCUGCCUGGUCUUCAGCAUAUGACGGGAUUCUGUGAGCUCUCCAAGGCCAUAAGACGAUUUGUGGCCUGCGAGGAUUGCCAUGCAAUUUACAAAGAAAAUCAAUCUGUUCCUCCUUGCUGCGUCUUUGUAAAGACAGGUGCUUGUGCAGCUUGUAACUGUGAAUUGACAAAGAAAUCUUUGUCUGGUGCUUUGGUUCCCAAGCGUAGUUUCCAUUACCAGUCCAUCAAAAAUGCGUUCAAGAUUCUUUUUAAUCGUCCAGGCUUCGAAGAAAAGAUACUACGUGGAACGAUCAUUGAUCCCAUGCACAACCUGUUCUUGGGGACAGCAAAAAGAAUGAUGGAUCAGUGGAUUGAACGUGGUAUUCUUGGAGACAGAGAUUUCACUGCCAUGCAAAAGAUAGCUGAUAAGAUAAUUGUACCAAAGGGAUAUACUGCAUUGAAAAGCAAAAUUGGCAAAAAAUUUGCAUUUAUGAAAGCGGACGAGUGGAAGUCGUGGGUAUUGAUAUAUUCUCCUGUGAUGUUGAAGUCGGUGCUCUCAUCCUUGCAUUUCAAUAACUGGGUUGAUUUUGUCCAUGCAUGCCGUCACCUUCCAUCUGCCUCCUCCACAAUUUUUCAGCCACCAUUCAUUUUGCAAGCAUUUGUGGAUUCUUCUGAAACUACCAGAAUUUCUAUCUUAGGCAACGAACCUCUCCCACCUACAUCCUUCCCACUUUCAGUUAGUAAACCUUCUUCAACGGGUGAUCUUGAUUAUCCCCAUUUGUUGGAAUACUACAAACUCGCGUACCUCACUCCUGAUCUCGUCCAUUAUCAAAAUGCUGCUGCCUCUCCAUUCUUUGUCGACAAUCCGAUUAUAAAGUUGAAAUCAAUCAAUAUUCUUGGCCAAGUGUACUAUGGCAAUAAUGGCACCACUGGCCGUGGAUCAUAUGUCCAAUCAUUGUUUCUUGGCAGAGAUGGAAGUAAAGAAACAACCUUCACUUGUCAAAUCAAGUAUAUCUUCAUUCAUUCAUUUACUUCUCCUCCAAUGUUGCCCUACUAUGAAGCCGAUUCCACGCAUCAUGAUCAACAUGUAUUUGCGUUUGUCAACUGGCUUCCAUUACUUGGAGAUAAAUCACAAGAGAAAGAUGGAGUUGAUAUUUGUGGUUCAACACCUUUGCCAUCAAACUAUCAUUCAAUUUUGCCUGUACAUAGAAUCUCUUUAGAAGUAGCAAUUGCUAAUUAUACAACAGGACUUGUCCAAAAAAAACUGAAAAAUUAA